AUGGCAACUGAUAAUGCGGAAAUUCAAAGCGUUAAUUGCUUUCACGUAGCACAGGUGGAUGAUUAUGGUGCAAGUUUGUUCCCUGACCUUCGUGGUUUAAACGUGAGACUUCGAUUGUCUCUCCUGAUAAAAUCAUCAUCAAAAAAAUUCGAACGGAAGUCUUCCACUCAGUGUAUGAAACCUUGUCAAAAUAAACCCCUCCAAUAUAAAUUUGAUAAAAGAUACCAGGAUGCCCAUUUAAAGGCGUUAGCUAAAAUGAAAUCCACAGUGGAUACAACUGCACCAAGAACAUUUCAGAUAAUAAAUUUAAAUUCUAAAAAAGACAGAAUUGAAAAAGAAAAUUUGAAAAGAAUAACAGAAGAGAAUAAUCGUCUUUUGAAAAGGAUGCAUGAAAUUCAGAAACAUAGUAUCAUAGGCAAUGAAAAUGAUCAGUAUUUAGAAAAAAGCUUAAAUGAAGAACAAAGACUAAAAGAAAUCAAACGAGUAACUCAAGAAAAUAAAGAAAUUAUUAAAAGGUUGAAGAAUCCAAAAAGUUCAUAUAAUAGAGCAAAUUGGGAAAAUGAUUGGAUGAAUACACUUACAUAUAUGACUAAUAUAUCAAAAUUUACUUUGUAUCAUCAAAAAUCAGUUUCAAAAAAGAAGAAUCAACUAACUGAAGAUGAAAAAUGGCGGGAGAAAAAAUAA